GGGAAGAUUUUAGAUUGGAUCCAAUGUUUGUAAUCGGUUUCUAACCAAAUUUUCAUAUUUUUACAAUGGUAUUGGUCUCUUUGAAUUUUGUGUGUUGUAAGGUGUGUUUUAUAAAUACCAGUUGUCUGAAACAAACAGAGAAUUAUUCUAAUUCCGUGUUCAUAAGUCUAUGAGUGAGGUUAAGUAGUUUGACAUAUGUGUAAUUUUAUUUUAGUUCCUGUCUAAAUUAAUAUUGCCCAAAUAAAUAAAUCGCUUUAAAAUGACUAGGUUAUCAGGAAAAAAUAACUAGAUCGUAGACUUUAACGUUACCAAAAAAGAUGGGUGAUUAUGAGAAACAAUUUCAGGAAGAUCUCGAAAGGGCUCAAGCUCUCAGUUUAGAGUCUUUGGCAUUAGAACAAUUUAAAAGUAAGAAAUUGCAAGAGUUAAAUCGAUCGUCUACCACAGUAAAUGUAUCUAACAAACCAAAAACAACAGCAGUAACUCGUACAUUAUCUAUGAGUGAAACUGAUUCAGCUCAAAUGAAAUAUGAUAGACAACAAUCAAAAUCAAGACCACGACCAGGAGUCCAAUUAGGUACUACAAAUACUCUCUUAGCUCCUCCACCAUCAUCACAACGAAAAAAUAGCACAUCUAAUGAUCCAGAUACACCAGACCUAAUUUCAUUUGCUAGUCCACCAGCCGUAACAACUCCAUCAAGUGAAAUUAUAGAUUUUUGUAAACAACAAAAUUAUAAUCAACAGCAACUGGUAAUAAACUCUCCUAGCAUACAACAACAUCCAUCACAUUUCAAAUAUUGGCCACACUUACCCACAGUCUCUGGGGUUUCAACCUUAAAUUCAGGUAUACCUCAGCAAGGUGUCAUGUAUCCUAAUAGUGGAUACUAUCCAGUUUUAUCUAGAGCUCAGUAUCCUCUAAACAGUAUGAAUAGUCCCAGUAUUGUCAGAAUGCCCUGGAAUAGUAUUAAUCAAACGUCCAAUAAUGUUCAAAUUCCAAUUCCCGUGGGAUCAACUCCGAGCUCAAUUGUGGGUAGUCCUGUUCAAUCUCACAUUUCUCCAGCAACUUCUAUUCAAUCCAUUAUGUCAACACAGGCACCUCCAGCCCUGCCUCCUAAGAAUCAACGAAGACCACCACCAUUAGUAGUUCCUAAAAGCUCUUCAAUAUCUUCAAAAUUAUCAACGUCUUCUUCUUCUUCUGUAUUAUCUAUACAGUCUGAAAAGGACAGAAAAUCAAAACCAACGUUUUCCUCAAAUUUGAUUGAUUUAGCACAUUCAGAUGAUAAAGAUAGUGUAAGAGUGAGUAUAUUACAAGAAUUCGAUCCUUUGUCAGAGUCCAUGUACAGCUCUCUUAGCUCCAGGGCGAUUAGUCCGGAUUGUUCAGUUGAUGAUACAAUGUCUGUUUGCAAUAGCGUUUAUGAAGAAUAUGACCCGUAUGAUUUCAUAUAUUCAGGAUCAGGCAAUAACAGUAUUUCAGAUCCUAUUUAUGCUACAUUAAAUAGGUCCGAUAACGCCACGCCUAUGUCACCAGGAGUAUCUCGAAUGUCUACUAUAGAUAGAACCAGUUCUAAAUCAGUUAAGAGAAACUUGCUAAAUAUUAUUGAGGAAGUAACUAAUAGAUCCUUGGUGAAAGAUCCAGAUCUCAAAUCCUUUUACAGCAUGGUAUAUAACAUUAGAAAACAGUAUAAGUACAACGACCCUGAUACAAAUAUGGGACUUGUUAUCAGUCCAAUGGUAAAUUAUCAGUAUUCUCAUGGCUUGAGCAUAAAACUACAAGUUCAUCCUGAUUUUGAAGGAGCUGACUUCAAUCAACCCAUCAGUUUUACUUGUGACGUUAAUUCAAGCGUUGAACACGUUACUCUACAACUAACUUAUGGUCUUGAUGCGCCCACUACUACUCAAUACACGCUAAAAGUGUGGGGAAGUAACGAAUAUUUAGUUCCUACCACAUUUUUAAGUGAUUACGAAUAUGUACAUGACUGUAUCAAACUGGAUGAAGAUGUUAUUUUGAUAUUAAUACCGGAUUCUAAAAAAGACAAAUCUUUCGCUAGAACGAUCGCUGAUGACAAUGAUGAUGAAACUUUGAAAUUCGAAAAUAUAAUCCCCAAUGAUACAGUUGUUCGUAUUACUUAUGAAAAAUUGAAUAUUUUGUUAGAGACUGUCGAAAAUGAAAUAAGGAAAUUGGAAGAUGCCGCUUUGCAAAUGGAAACGAAUAGUAAUCCAUCAGUAAUGCCUGCCGUGCAGCCUUUAAAUGUAAUACAAUCAGUUAAAUACCUUGUUAAUUUAAUGGGAGAUUUGUGUACACUUGAUAUUAUGUAUACAGUUGAAGCCUUAGAAGAAACUUGUAAAAAUUUUCUACCAUCCAAUAAAUCUUCAUUUUCUGAUUUCAUCAGUAACCACUGCAACAAGAUUCGAUUUGCAGUUCAGAAUUUGAUUGAAAUGUAUAGUCACGCGUUUUGUGUAGACUUUGAAGUGAAAAGUACUUUAUCACAUGAAUCAAUGAGAUACGUUCAUGAUAUAAUGGAUUCUGUCAUAGUAAGAAUAUGUGCUGUGUAUCGCCCAUCUUUUGAAUGGGAACAUGAAGAAUAUACAGCAACUGUUCAAAUAUAUCACGGAACAAAGAAAAUUGGCAAAUCUCUGUGUACCCAACCUUCCAGAAAAUUUGAUAGGGAUAAAUAUUGGCCUUCUAGGAUAGUAUUUGACAGCUGGUUAGAAUUUGAAGAUGUACCUAUAAAUAGUUUGGCAAGAGAAUCUCGAUUAGUAAUCUUACUUUUUGGUAGAACUUUAAUUACGUCAGAUACCGAAGAUUCGAAAAAUUCUACUGCUCCUGCUUAUAAGGAGGAAGAAAUAGGAUGGGCUUCAGUUCAGUUUUUUAAUUAUGAAAGUGCCAUGAAUCAAGGCAGUAUACUGCUUUCAAUUUGGCCCAAUGAAACCAACUAUAUAAACGAUCAUAUUUAUGGGCCAGCGCCUGCUACGGGAACUCAUCCAGAUCCUGACCAUCCUGUUCUCGGCAUAGAAAUUGUAGCUCCUACCAAAGUUCAGUUUCCUUCUGUGUCACCGGAUUUAUAUAGCAACGUUUGCAAAGGAGACUUCUCUAGUUUAGAUAAUGAAACACAACAAUUACUGGUAGAUGCUUGUGAUCAAGAUUUGUUGUACAGAUUUUCACCAGAGAUAAGAGAGAUUUUAUGGGAAAAACGUCACUAUCUAUAUCAUCUUCAGACAGCGUUACCAAAAGUACUUCUUGCUGCUCACAGUUGGGAAUAUGUUCAACUUCCAGAUCUUCACGGUAUGCUGCAUGCGUGGACAAGACUGAAACCAAUUCAAGCAUUGGAAUUACUUCUUCCCGUAUACCCGGAUCUAGAGGUCAGGAGGAUGGCUAUUAGAUGGAUCAGAGGCCUUACAAAUGAUGAAUUAGUAGAUUACUUACCCCAACUAGUAGUAGCUUUGAGACAUGAAACUUAUGAAAAUUCUUCAUUAGCAAAGUUCUUGUUAGACAGAGCUCUAAGGUCUCCUAGAUUUGCACAUUAUUUAUUUUGGUUAUUAUGUCAUAGCAUUCCAGGAGAUUCGCCUCAAAAUUGCACAUCAGAAAUAAGAGGUAAAGAUAUGGAAUUGGGUAUUAGCGAAUUUAGACACCAUAGAAGACUGAAACUACUGUUAAGAGCUUUAUUAGCUAUAUGUGGAAAAUCCCUAGGAGAUUGUUUUCUUUACCAGCAGUCUCUUGUUAAGAAAUUAAAUGAUAUAGCCGAAGAAGUACAAAAAACCAAAGAGUCUCAUCGUCUCACUGUUUUACACAAUGGUUUGGGACAAAUUCACAAAGAUCUUCAAGAAACCCCAACAAGUUUACCUCUCUCACCUACAUUGAGGGUGAAAGGAGUAGAUAUACAAUCAUGUUCUUAUUUUCCAUCUAAUACAUUACCCUUGAAAAUAAACUUCUUAAUGGAAGAUAGUUCAAUAAGAGCAGCUAUUUAUAAAGUUGGAGAUGAUUUGCAACAAGAUAUGUUGACAUUGCAAAUGAUUCGUUUAAUGGAUAAGUUGUGGUUGAGUAAGGGAUUAGAUCUAAAAAUGGUAGCAUUUACAUGUAUACCGACAUCCAGAAGAAAAGGUAUGAUAGAGAUGGUAACAAAGGCAGAAACAUUAAGAAAAAUUCAGGUAGAACACGGAUUGACCGGUUCAUUUAAAGAUAAACCAAUAGCUGAAUGGUUAGCAAAACAUAAUCCUUCUGAAUUAGAGUAUGCAAGGGCUGUACAAAAUUUUACAGCCUCGUGCGCUGGUUAUUGUGUGAUAACUUAUAUUUUGGGCAUUUGUGAUAGACAUAAUGAUAAUAUUAUGUUGAAAAUAUCUGGACAUCUAUUUCAUAUUGAUUUUGGAAAAUUUUUGGGAGACGCACAGAUGUUUGGAAAUUUUAAAAGGGACCGAGCCCCAUUUGUGUUAACAUCUGAUAUGGCUUACGUUAUUAAUGGAGGUGAUCGGCCAACUGAAAAAUUCCAUCAAUUUGUUGAUUUGUGUUGCCAGGCAUUCAAUAUUAUAAGAAACAACAGAAAUUUAUUUUUGUUCUUGAUAACAUCAUCCGGAAUAUGCAGGAUAACUCCAGAAUCAAUAAGUUAUAUGCAUAAGGCACUGUUGCCUGAAUUAUCUAAUCCUGAAGCUGCUGCCUACUUUACUCGUUUAAUCGAAGAAUCUCUGAAAACACGUUUCACACAAUUUAAUUUCUUUUUGCACAAUCUCGCUCAACUCAAAUUUACCGCUGAAAAUAACGAGGGAACGCUACUGUCAUUUGUACCAAAAACCUACAGUUUAGCAAGUGAUGGUCAGUUGGUCCAUGUGGAAGUAGUCAAUUAUAGAAAAAGAUAUGAUCCAGAUAAAUAUUAUGUAUAUAUUCUUCGAGUAUAUCGUAAAGAUCAAAGACAACCGAUGGAAAUUCAACGAACUUAUAAAGAAUUUUGUGAAUUGCACCAGAAGUUGUGUAUAUACUUUCCAUUGGCCAAAUUACAUAGUUUAUCAACUGGUCUACAUAUGGGUCGUUCUAAUAUUAAGCAGGUUGCUCAGAAGCGUUUUCAUGAAAUAAGUCUAUUUGUCAAAUCGCUAUUCCUUUGUGCUCACGAAAUUGCUCAUUCUGACUUAGUUUACACAUUUUUCCACCCAUUGCUGAGAGAUCAACAAUAUUCAGAGGAGUAUUCUAAAAAAGUAAAAGAUAGAAUAGGAGAUGUCCAUGAAUCAGGUAGACUUAAAGGUCAAUUGAAAUUAUCAUUGCAAUACAGAAAGGGAGUAUUCAGUGUAAUGGUUCUACAUGCCAGAGGUUUACCAAGACUGUCCAAUGGCCAAGAACCGUCUACUUAUGUUAAAGUUUAUUUACAACCAGAUACACCAAAAAGUACCAAACGCAAAACUAAAGUCGUCAAAAAGAAUUGUCAUCCCAGUUUUAUGGAGAUGUUGGAAUAUCGAAUGUCGCUGGAAAUCAUCAAAAUGAGAAGAUUACAGGCGACCGUCUGGAACUAUGAUGCCUUACAAGAAAACGAAUUUAUGGGUGGUGUAGAAUUAGACCUUGGGUCAUUAGAAUUAACAGAAGAAACUAGUGAAUGGUAUUCAUUAGUAAAUCUCAGCAGAUAACAAUUGUACCCUUUAUAAAAGAAUAUUUACUAUUAGGUUGUAUUAGGUUGUUGAAUGUGGUGGAAUAGUUAUUUACAACAUUAUUAAUUUGAGAAUUUCAAAACUAUUAAGAAAAGAAAUUGUUUAACUACAAUUACAAAUUGGUGACUUAUUAAAAUAAUUUGCAAGAUAUACUCUCUCUUAGGCAUGGUUGAAUCUAUCUAAUAAAAAUGACAAUACAUAUAAAAAUUCAUAUAUAUUUCAUAUUGUUGUUUGCUCUCUAACCAUACUCUACAGCUCUACUAUGCCAUCUGAAACGAAUUGAGGGUAUUCUGAACCCAUAAUUUUUAUAUAUAUACAUAUAUAUAUAUAUAUAUAAAGGUGUUGGGUGAAGGUCUUGAAUCAAAUAAGAAUGAUGUCUUGUACAGAGCGUGUUAUCAUCGACAAAAUGUUCUCACCGUGCAUAGUAUGAGACAGUGUUGGUAGGUGAUGAAACGAUCUAGUGGUAGUAGUGCCGUACUAUUCAGUACAAAGAAUACUUUCGUGUCUAGUACGUUUCUAAAACGUUAUAGUAUGGAACAUUGUAGUAGACAAACAUAUUUGAAAAAUUUAUGUAUUUUCAUGAGUCCCUCGUAUCAAUUGAAUAAACUGAAAGUACUACUUUCUACCAUACACGUAUGUAUUAUUUUGUGGGAUUUGUUUCCUGGAAAUUCUGUUUCUUGUAGAAGGAUAUAUUUAAAAUGAGUCAUAAAAAUCAAUGGAAUUUAAUUAAAAUGCACAAAUCAAUGCUAAAUCUUUGAAUAAUAAAUAAAUAGUAGAUAUUAAUAUUACUCUAUUGUUCAAGUAACAAAUCUAAUUGAAAUGAACUAAUUUAUUUAUAUUUACGCGUUUACUAAUAUUCAAUACUUUGUAUGAAAUUUCUUCAAAAUAACUAUUCCACAAAGUUGUGCGAAUUUACAAUAUGGCAAUAAAUUAACGAGACUGGUGUAAGAUAUAAAAAAAUUCUAUUCCAUGGCAUCGUUUUCAUAGGCGAUGCAUUAUAGAGAUUUAUUCUCCUUCCUUUCAGAAUAUGCACUAUUCAGUUUCUGAUAUACUUAGAACUUAUCAGAGACUUUCCGAUGCAGCAGUGAGGAAAUGUAGGUUGGUUCUAUAGUCAUUCCAUUAUUAUUGUCUAUAUAUUAGCUUUAAGUCACUAACUUAGGAGCUCAGUGCUUCUUGAUUAUAACUUUCAUAAACUGUAUCAUAUUAGGCUCAUUUCUUGAAAUAGAUAAUCUGAUAUUUACCGAGAAAAAGGAGAAUAUAGUAUUUUUUCUAAUAAUUUGAGUACUUGUGUAGUAUAUUUGCAUUCACCUAAAAUAAACGAUAUUUUAAACCUCUACAUCAAUAUAUUUGAAGCCAAAUUACAAAUCAAACUAAGUAAGCAGCAACUAGUAUCAAGGUUUCAAUUACAAUACUGUUUGAUGCCACAAAUGGGUAUCUUAAUGGACAGUCUCGUUAUUCAUUUGCUAUAUUAUCUGACACACAAGAUAUAUAAACUAUAUAUUGUUUACAUAUCUAUCACAUCAGAUUAGAAUUUCAAUAUAGGCAUGAAUGUCACAAUUUUAACAAAAUAUAAAUUGUCAGGUUGAAAGAGCAUAUUUUUUACAUAUAAUACCUAAAUAUAUCUACAGCUCAUUGAAGUUGAUGAAUAAAAAUGUAAUUUUAAGAAGAACAUAUGCUUGUUAACAACUGAAAUACCUAGACACUGACUAAAGUCGUCUCAGCCUAACCCUCUACUGCAUGAAUUAUGAAAAAGAAAUAAAAAAAUAUUUGAUGGUUAUUUAGACUUUAUUUGGAGAUAAAAUUUACUACAAAAAUGGAAAUUGAAAAAAAAUACUUAAAAAUCGAGAAAAGAACAAAGGUUGUAUGGGUUUGUAUACACCAAAACAAUAUUUAAUAAAAAAGUACAUGGGUUCGUAUGAAGAAUAAAGAAACAAAUAUAAAAGUGUUUAAUAUAAAAUAAAAACUAUAAUAAUUGUAAUCAUGAAAUGCCUAUAAACAGUUUCGUUUGUUGUUUUAACAUAAAACCAUGAAUUUUCUACACUUUGUCUAAGUUUUUUGGCCACAAAAUUGACAUUUUUAUCGGUUUUUCAUCCAUUCAGUCAUAUGGACUAUUUUGUUAGUUCUCACGAAAUUUAAAGGUACAUCUUGAUGUCUGGUAGGAACUUUCCUAAUUUUCUUUGGUAUAGUUGGUGUGCCUCGAUUGGAUGAAACAGGAAUUCCGUGCCCAGAAACUGGUGUUCUAUCUCUACUGUGAUUUAAAGAUUUUUCGUGCCAUUCGUCAAAAAAUUAAAAGGGCAUACGAAACCAUAUAUGGUACCGUGACAAAAUUAUUAAGUUAGGUUAGAAUGCAUACGAAACCAUAUAUAAAAAAUAAACAUUAAAUAACAUAUAUAAAAUAGUGCAAUAACAGCUCCAUGUUUUAUGUUUUUAUCACGCAAAACUUACCUUUUUUAUUUAGAAAAUCUCUUUUGAAAAAUGUGUUUACAGACACUGAGUUCAACUUAACACAGGCACUUAGAAAAGUGAGGUUAUAAUCAAAAUUAUAUUAGACCAUAGACAACAAAAAAUAUUUUUGUAUUGGCAAUAACAAUUAAAAUGUCCGCCAUGGGUAUAGUUAUUGCUUGUGCAAUAUAACGUGAAAAGAGAAUAUUUAAACUGGUGAACCAUAUGAGUUUAUAUGCAGUAGAGGGUUAAAGGGUGGCUUCUAAUAUAUCAUAAGUUACAAGUUUUGAGGCUUUGAAAGAGGAUGGGUUUGGAACGAAUAAUCCAAGUAAUUUUGUGUUAUUUAUGCCUAAUUUUAUUAAGCACUUUUACAAAUCAAUAUAUAAGUCUGAUUUUUUCAAAUUAUGAGGAGCUAGUGUAAUUAAGAAAGGUGCUUAUAAAUGUAAGGAAUGCAGGAACAAAGAAUUUAAAAUUAUUUAAACAUUCCCUACCCUGUACCUUUAUACCAUUUUUUAACUUAUAUAAUACUGAUAGUUCUAAAAUAAGAUAUUUUUAAAAUGUAUGUAUACAUUUAACUAAUAUUUUCAAUAAACGUGCACGUACAGAAA